CCCAUAACAGCUGGCAAAGGUUGAGUCGGAUAUACGAGGAUUGACCAGGUUUCUUGGAACCUGUGCUGUGUGCCUCAUUAUAUCCCUAUAGUUUUGUUAGGUUUUUCUUUAAUCCCUUACGCGCGCACACACAUCUUUUCAAUUCAAGUUGGCAACAUGGCAGGUCCAUUGGCAAUGUGUUGUAAAAAGGGUCGGAGGGUCAAGAUUUUGAAAAUGGAUGACCCUGCGAUCCUCGCGAAGCUUGAAGAAGGCUUCAAUGCAUUGCAAGAUUCGGAUUCCAAGUCCUUGCUCAAGAAGCAUUUGACAAAAGAAAUCUUCGACACUUGCAAAGUCAGGAAGACCACGUUCAAUUCAUCCCUGCUUGAUGUCAUACAGUCGGGCGUAGCAAACUUGGAUUCUGGUGUUGGAGUGUAUGCUCCGGAUGCCGACUCGUACACAGUGUUUGCUGACCUGUUUGAUCCGAUAAUCGAGGAGUACCACGUGGGCUUCAAAAAGACUGAUAAACAUCCGUCGUGUGACUUCGGUGACCUGGACUCCUUCGUGAACGUGGACCCGGAGGGCAAGUUUGUGAUCUCGACGCGCACUCGAUGUGGACGGUCUUUGGACGGCUACCCCUUCAACCCGUGUCUUACUGAAGCGCAGUACGUGGAAAUGGAGAAGAAGGUCUCUUCCACCUUGAGUGGUUUGGGUGGCGAGUUGAAGGGCACCUACUACCCUUUGACCGGCAUGGCCAAGGAUGUGCAGCAAAAACUCAUCGACGAUCACUUCCUCUUUAAGGAGGGGGAUCGCUUCUUGCAGGCUGCAAAUGCUUGCAGAUUUUGGCCAUCUGGUCGAGGUAUUUUCCACAACGACGACAAGACAUUCCUGGUCUGGUGCAAUGAAGAGGACCAUCUGCGAAUCAUUUCCAUGCAGAAGGGGGGCGACUUGGGCCAGGUGUACAGGAGGAUGGUGACUGCCGUGCGUGAGAUUGAGAAACGUCUCCCGUUCUCGCAUCACGACCGACUCGGUUUCCUCACCUUCUGUCCCACCAACUUGGGGACCACGAUCCGUGCCUCGGUCCACAUCAAGCUGCCGAAACUUGCUGCUGAUAAAGCCAAACUUGAGGCUGUUGCCGGCAAAUAUAAUCUUCAGGUCCGUGGAACCCGUGGAGAGCACACUGAGGCUGAGGGAGGUGUCUACGACAUCUCCAAUAAGCGUCGCAUGGGUCUCACCGAGGGAGAUGCAGUGAGGGAGAUGCAGGACGGCAUUUUGGACCUGAUCAAGAUGGAAAAAUCCAUGAAUUGAUAGUGCCCUUAUUCUCCAAGAUGGACUGUUCUUUUCGGUUUUCUUUUUUUAUUUUUUUACUUGGAAAGAACAACCAGGGAGCGCGUAUAAGAAACUUUAAUGGGAGAUUUUCCAUGCACGACAGUUUUAGCACGCAACUUGUAUUAUGGAUUUGACCAUUUAUUGGACUUAUCAUUUAUUCUUUUUUUCUGUUGUUUCACUGCCUAACCAUUCAUUACCUUCAACUGUAAAUGGGUCAUCGAAUUGCAUUACAGUUUUUCGUCUCUGCAUGACAA